UGGAAUAAUCGAGCUAGUUGAUACCAUCAUGUUCUUGUUGAGCAAGAUAUGCAGAUAUUCGAUCAUCGAUCACAAGAACUGUGACACACUUGAUUUCCUAUUAAUUUCGUAGCUAUUCGGAAAAAAAAAUCACUGGAGCUUUAAAGAGAGAAAAAUGGUAGUGCUUCCACUAGUGAAGCUAGGAACGCUUGCUUUGAAAACUGCGUGCAAACCCAUCGCAAACAGGCUCAAGAAAGAAGCAGGUUACCACCCAAAGUUCCGAACCUUCAUCAUCAGCAUUGCCCAGGCCAAUCAUAGAUUCUCAACGAGAAUGCAGAGACGCAUUUAUGGUAAUACAACUGAUGCUGCGAUUCGCCCGCUGAAUGAGGAGAAGGCUGUUCAAGCUGCUGCUGACAUGCUUGGGGAGCUCUUUGUGUUCACAGUUGCAGGAGCUGCUGUCAUCUUUGAGGUGCAAAGAAGUUCUAGAUCAGAAGCAAGAAAGGAAGAAGCACGAAGACAGGAGAUACAGGAAAUGAAGACAAGGAAUGAAGAGAUGGCUAGAAAAAUUGAACUUCUUGAACAUAAGCUUGAGGAACUGGAUCAACUUGCUAGAGCACGUGGACUUGCUGGCGUUCUAAACUUCAGACACACUCAUACCAGUGAAGAUAAAAAAUCAAAAUCCAAUUGAUUAUUGCAAUCAUUCAGCAUUGCGCGGAGAUUUACCUUAAGAAAUCGUUGAAUUUCACUAGAACCGCAGCUUUUUGGUUUGGAAAUAAAUUGAUAUAAUUGCAUAAGAGUAGCACUGAGAUGGAGAGAAAUCACAGAUCUAAAAGCAACAUAUUUAGAUGUGUUGAGGGGCAUUAGUUAGUCUGACACGAACCUGUAAAUAAUUUUUUUUUGCAGAAUACAUAUCGCUCUGCUCUCUAUGGACAAGUUCCACCAGCUAACAGAGUUUUCAGGCCUUUGGAUGAUUUACUUUUUUUUAUCUCCUCCAAAAAAUAAAAUUCUGCCACUCUUCACACUA